UUUGUAAAAUGAAACAUUUCUCAUAGUUUUAUUUGAUUUUCUUUGCACUAAGACAAAGAGUUACAUUUGGAGUUUUUAGGAGUAUUUAUAAGUUAUUAUGCUGUUAUUCUAUUGGUCCAGUUCUGUGGUUUGAGAUGAAGUUAGGCUGUGUGUGGCCCCUGGACAGAAACAGACAAUCCACAGAAAUGCAAAAAUACUGCUGCUGUGACGUAGAGGAUCACGUGACUGGACAGGACACACGCUGGUUGAUUCACUCGGGAUCAUCACCCUUAUGAACCACUUCACGGAAGUAGGUAUUCUCUGCUUUUGUGUUUAUUACGAUCACACUAGGGUCAGAAGUAAUUACACCACAUUACAGCAUGAACCUACAGCUUAGCACGUGUCUGUUUGUGUGUCUGGAGGAAGUGUAGAGCUCCUUUUAGCUACAAGCUAAACCCACGUAAAUGUGCAUGAGCUGACUUUUCCUUAGACACUGUAGAUAUUCUGUCUCGGUUGUUUGCAGUAAAGUCUUGAGUGUUUAUUUCUGCUACCGUUGCUUCAAACCAUGUCCCUACAGACUGUCACGCCCAGUAAACUGUGCAACUGUUGACGCUGCCCGGAAAGCUAGCUAGUGUUAGACAACUGACUUACUGACAACAGCCGCGAAUCUAAUGACGAAUCGGCGGUUAGCUAAAAUAUUAGCUCCGGUAUUCCAACUUUAGCGGGAUACAAUCAGUAGCAUACGCAGCAGGGAAAACAGAAAACAUUACCACAGCUGGUAGGGAUGGAAGGAGAUGAGUGCAGUUUUCCUCCUGAUUCUUCAGAUGAUCACUCACAAAGAGGAAGUGUCGCCUCUUCUGCAACGCUUUCCCGUGCUCAAGAUGUGCUGAUUUACCUGUUUGGUGACAGUGCAGUCCAUCUAACUGUAGAGGGACUUGGCAGUGUCACUGUACAUGAGUUGGGCCGCAGUGUUCGUGAGGCUCUCAAUAUUCCUGACUCUGCACAAGAUGUUUUUGCCUUCUGGCUGUGUUCUCCACUGCUUGAGUUGCAGUUGAAACCGAGACAUCAACCUUACAAACUGUGUCGGCAGUGGCAGGACCUGCUGUAUCGUUUCACUGAAGCCUCAGAGGAUGACAUAUCUCAAGAUGAGCCUUUUCUCCAAUACCGUCGGAAUGUUUUUUAUCCUAAAUCUAAAGAGCUCCAGGUAGAUGACGAAGGAGUGCUAAGACUUCUGUAUGAGGAAGCCAAAAAUAACAUCCUGACAGGCCGAUACCCUUGUGACCCCGAGCACUGGACGAGUCUCGGUGCCUUGUCUCUUGCUCUUGAGGAGGGAAGUGGUCUGGACAGCCAGAAACUCAGUACUACAAUUAAAGAAAAGAAACUGUCUUCUUUUCUGCCUGCACAUGUUGCCAUGGGGAGUGGCGGUCUGCUUUCCACUCUAAGAGGGAAGUCGAGUCGUCAGGCAGGUCUGGAGCAGAACCUUCUGGACGAAUACAAGAAGAUCAGCACAUCUGCCGGAAACACCCCCGAGUCCACUCAGCUCCUCCACCAGUACCUCAGUACAUGCCACACUCUGCCUUAUUAUGGAUGCGGCUUCUUUUUUGGAGAGAUUGACAAACCUGUGCAAGGGAUCCUUCAAAGAGGACGACGCAAAGCUGUCAGUGUUGGGAUUUGUCUGGAGGGAGUUUAUGUAAUAGACGUCAAAGAGAAGCAUGUGCUUCUCGGCUUGCGCUUCAAUGAGCUGUCAUGGGACCACAGUUACCCAGAGGAGCAGGGGGAUUCUCACAUUCUGUGGCUGGAGUUCGAUGGAGAAGAAGAUGGCACUCCUGUCAACAAGCUGCUGAAGAUCUACUCAAAACAAGCAGAGCUAAUGAGCGGCUUCAUUGAAUUCUGUGUGGAACUGAAGUUUGCGUCUGAGGGAGCAGCUGCAGCCGAUGCAGACGGUGAGGCAGGUCUGUCCCAGAAGGCCACUGGGCAAGACGGCAGCAAGAAUGGGCGUGGAGGACGACGUGGGUUACUGCGCAGGCAGAGCAGCGUUAUGUGCAGUCGGGUCCAUUCACUUAACACGAUUAGCUACGUGGACAAUGGGAAAGAAAUCAAACGUUUGAAGCCAAAACGAGCCGCUUCCUUCUUCAGUCGACAAGCGACUUUGCCCUCCUACUCUGCCGUGCAAGUGACAGACAGUCUAGAGCAAGGUUAAACUCAUGGAUCAGCUCUCACACGCCUCUCAAAGACCAAACCUGAACAUUUACACUGAGAUUCAAUGAAAAGACUUGAUAAGAGCUUGACAUUUAUUUGUUAAUAUAUGAACGUGCAAAGGACCAAGUGAGGGAUUGAAGUGUGAGUGAUAAUAUUUAUCUGUUGAAAUUGUGUAUAUAUAUAUAUAUAUGAGAUUACUGAAAUGUGAAAAAAAGAUGAGCUUUUAAGUUACACAUCCAAGGUUAGACUGAAGUAACUUUUCGUUAGUCCACAAGUGAACAUGUGGGAGAAAAACAGCAAUUUCUGAACACCAUAAUAGCAACAAAAGCCUGAAUAAGUCUGAGAAAAAGCCUUAAUGAAAUCCUCAGUCCUUUAUUGAAAAUGGUGACUAUAUCUAAUAACACAUGCUGAAGCCAUCACUUGAAAUCCAUUUAAACAUCCUACAGCACUCUGGAGUAGUGUUUAAUGCCAUCAUUCAGAAAUCUGAGUAAAACCACUGCAUUACCUCUUUUUUAUUUUACAAUACCAUUCAGGACUUGAACAUUUACAAACAAAGCCCCGUGUGACAAACGGCUUGUUACUCCUCCUCUUGGUGUGGCUUUAAGAGUAAUCAAAAAGUCAUCACAGUCAGUGUCGGAGACGCUUUCAGGGGAUGACCUGUUUCCACUAUUCUACUACUACUUUAAACUCCCUGUGCCUUGUUUCUGUGAAAUUUAAGAGGGUGAAGCCACUCAAGAAAAGUACUGGCAGAAACAUCAGCGUUGGGUUUAACUAUAGGAAAGAGUCCGUAUGGGAGCACAUCUGCUGUGUUGUGGAGGCUUCUUGUAAGUACCUUUUAUUUAAAAGUGAGUAAUGAUUACUGAUAUUGGCAGCUGGUUGUUUUGGAAGAGGAUGUACAGGUGGCAUUUGUUUGUUUUUACAUUUAAACUAAUUUAACUGCCAAAACAGAUGGCAUGAAUUUAGUCCAAAAAAGUAGCUGACAUUUUAUGAGAGCCAAAAUGACAAAAUAUCUAUAAGAGUCAAUGACUACCCAAACAUUUAGGUUUAUAAAUACAUGUAAACAUAAAUGAAAUAGUAUUAGAUGUAUUCCACUACGUGGGCCAUUCUGCACUGGUUUUCAUGUCGCUGAGUGGGCUGUAUUUGUCAUCAAACCACUUAAAAGUUUUUUGACAUGUGAAUGCCAUUUAUGUCAAUGUUUUCACAGCAGAGAUCUUGACUUUUGCUUCAAGUGUGAUAUGCAAAGUAAAGCUGAUGCAAUACCAUACUUGUGCAACUUCAGACAUGAGAAAGCAAAAAUGGCCUGCCAGCUACUCAAAACUGAUAAAUUCAAAGUACAGUGUGGUAGGGCUGCACAAUUUGGUGAAAAGGUCAUAUUGUGAUUAUUGUGGAUAAUAUUGUAGUUAUGCCUGUAGAUUGCUGAUAAUUUGACGUGCUUUUUCUAACACACUAACUUAAAUUAGUAUUUUAAUUUGCACAUGUGUUUUACACAGUACAACUCAGUGCUCAGUGUUAGUUAAUCCAAAAUAUCACACACUGGACCUUUUAAAUUGCAGCCUUGGUAAUUAUAGAAUUGCACAGGCUGACUUGCAGAUUCCCAAUCACUUUAGUGAUCCAAUCAGAGAAAUUCAGUUGUAACACAAGUUAGUUAAUGAAAUUUAAUUGAUCUUGCAGCUUUAGUUUGUGCACCAUUUUGGGAGCCUAAAAGAAAUCAUUAUUGUUGCAAAAACAUGGUUGUUACUCAAAAGAUGAGAGGGAACACAGUUUAUAUGUGUAAACAACACAGACCAACUGACCAAGGACUUUAAAUAUGCUGCUGAAUUCACACCAAAGCAAGCCUGUUUCCAGCACUGCUGUGCAGUAUGCUGCCUAGAUCCUCCAGAGACAAACUAAAGUCUCCACCUCGAGUCCUCUAGUGUCUCUGAACUUCACCACGAUGCUAAAAUGUGCUGUACAUGUAACAAGCACACUCACCUCAAUGAUGGCCAUCAAAGAGGGUAUAAAACUCUGUAAUGACGCCUUCCACUUGAACAUAUGUCCUCAAGGUGACCCAGGUUCCUCUUCCUGAUUCUUCUGAGCAUGCAAACCACAGAAUGUUCUUUUAUAUGCUUUGACUUAACUGUCUGUCAACUGACUAUGUAACCUAACUCCAGCAGUCCAGUAUAUUGUUGCUAACACACACUAUGCAUGUCAUGUUGUAGAAUAGGCAUUCCAACAAACUACACAUCAUGAAAUACUGCACUAUGAAUACUAAUACACUGUUUAUAAAUUCGUUACAUCUGCUGUUUUUUGUAUAGUUUGUUAGCUCCUUUGAGAAAAUAUUUGUACUUUUCAUUUUCAUAUCCUUGUCAGUGUUUGUAUGAAGAAGUAGGUCAUUUUUAAGCAUUAUCUUCUCAAACAGUCACUUUACAAAAGCAUAAAGUGCCUUUUUGUUUGUACCAGUUUGGCUGACUUUUCGGUGCUUGCAAACUUGGAAUGGACAAUUUUGGUAUUGCUGUGGUCUAGGAAGUGUAAUUGUGUUUUUAUAAUGUAUUGCCCACAAACAAUGCAUUUCAACUUUCCUAUCUGAUGUGAGUAUAUCAACGUACUGGCUUAGACUGCUGCUGAACAGUCUAAUCUGGUGACUCUGCAGUGGUCAAUCAGUUCUGCCUUCAUCAAAACAUGUAUGAUAUGCUUUUUUUUUUUUUUUUCUUUUUUAAAUAAAUACAUGUUAAGUGACUUA